CCAGCCUUUCUUGGGUUGCGACUCGAUUAUUUGGUACAACGCAACACAAAUCAGACGCGGAACAAACAUGGAUUAUUAUAGCUUCUUGGAUCUUGAAAAUGAUUAUAACUCAACUUACGAUAACUUCACUAAUAAUGGGACAUAUGAAGAUGAAUAUGACUACCCCACAGCACCAGACUUGACAGUGGCACAUAAUGCCGUGAAGAUUAUCUCUCUCAUCAUCUACUGCCUCACCUUUCUCCUUGGUGUCCCUGGUAAUGCCUUUGUCAUUUGGAUUGCGGGCCUGAAAAUGAAGAGGACUGUGAAUGUUGUGUGGUUUAUCAACCUGGCUAUCGCAGACUUCCUCUGUUGCCUCAGCAUCCCCUUCUCCAUCACCGACACUCUUCUGGACACCAGCUGGCCGUACGGGAAUGUCAUGUGCAAGAUCAUCCCCGCAUUUAUCGUUCUCAACAUGUUCGCCAGUGUCUUCACCCUGGCCAUUAUCAGCCUGGACCGCCUGGCGCUGGUGGUCCGGCCCGUCUGGGCCCAGAACCACCGCAGCCUGGUGAUGGCGUGGGCCCUCUGUGGACUGGCUUGGGUUCUGGCUUUCCUGCUCAGCUUACCUUCCAUGAUUCUCAGAACCACGGUGACUCAAUCGCACAAUAACCAAACCCUCUGCACUUACGACACCGAAGAUGGUGACAGUCUCUCUCAGUCACUCCUGGCCCACAUGCAGUUGAUUCGCUUUCUGUUUGGAUUCCUCGUCCCUCUCCUCCUCAUCAUCACCUCCUACAUUCUCAUCGUCCUCAAGGUGAGGAGCAGUAGCUUCCGUGCCAAAAGAGCCUUCAAGAUCAUUGUCGCUGUAGUGGUGGCCUUCUUUGUCUGCUGGCUUCCCUAUCACGCCUUUGGGCUUGCCAGGGAGUAUGGCCAAGAUGAGGGCCUGGUGGUCCUUCUUGACCAGCUGAGCAUAGCCCUUGCUUUUGUGAACAGCUGCCUCAACCCUCUCCUGUAUGUAUUUAUGGGUCAGGACUUUAAGGAGAAGGUACGCCUGUCACUGAAGAGGAUCCUGGAGAAUGCGUUCAGCGAGGACAACACCACACACUCCUAUGUGCGCUCCAAGGCUUCGCAAUCAGGCAUGACGACCUCCACAGUUUAGCUGGCUUUCAAAAAGGACUCGCUUUAGAAACUUGCUUUUUGCUCUUUCUUUAAGUUGUCUUUUAGAGAUUGAAAUAUAAUAUAAUAGAACAGAUUUUAUUUGUAUUUUAGAGAUUGAAAUAUAAUAUAAUAGAACAGAUUUUAUUGUUUUUUAGAAG